AUACUGUGAUCCCCGUCCAGAGACUGACGUUUUCCAGGAGGCGUGCAGGGAAUGGGCUAGCGCGGUGACGUUCGCAGGAUACUGUGGAGCUGGGGGCUGCAGCAACGGAGAUUGCACCCGUAGCUGGAGUAGAGCUUGGAGAAGAAUUCUCUGGAUUGUUUAGCAUUUAUCAUCGGGUACAGAAGGGGCAGUUUUUCGGAUUGCAAUGGAUCAGCGGAUAUCAAGAACACCGUGACGUGUGCAAGAAGACUACAUGCCAAGGAGCUGGUAGCUAUUGAUUUACCUGGAGCCAGCCCUCCUCUAUUCGGCAAUCAGAGGUUUUUUUUGUUGCCCCCGGUGACUUCUUUUCCAGGGAGAGUGCAGUGUACUUACCAGUAGUACGUAGAGAUCAGACCUAUAUUUGAUUUUGUUUCCAGUUUUUGGUGCGGUUCUGUUCAAAAGGCAGACCAGAGGUGGCUAUGGAGUGGAGGCAACGGGCCGCCUGGAGCAGGAACAGUGGGAUCGGUGGAGCGGCGGCUCCUUCCGCGGCGCAGAGGCUCUGAUCUGCGGCUACGCUCUGUGGAAUUAACCGGCGGCAAGGAGACGGAGCGCGAAAAAUUUAAAAGAAACUCGCACUCAAAAAACAAACAAACCAAAAACAUUAUUAGCAUUUGCAAACUGGGAUUAAACUCUCUCCCCUCUCCACCAAUAUUCAUAAAUAUAAUUACUCGUGGUAUUUUUAUUGACCAAAAAAUAAAAUAAAAAAAUACCAAUCCGAGAAUGAAUUAUCAACAGCAUUUGGCCAACUCGGCCGCUAUCCGGUCUGAAAUCCAGCGAUUCGAGUCGGUGCAUCCGAACAUCUAUUCCAUCUACGAGCUGUUGGAGCGCGUGGAGGAACCGGCGUUGCAGAACCAGAUUCGGGAGCAUGUCAUCGCUAUCGAAGAUGCCUUUGUAAACAGCCAGGAGUGGACCCUCAGCCGCUCAGUCCCGGAGCUCAAAGUGGGCAUUGUGGGUAAUUUAGCCAGCGGUAAGUCCGCCCUGGUGCACCGGUACCUGACAGGGACAUACGUUCAGGAGGAGUCUCCAGAAGGUGGCCGCUUCAAGAAGGAGAUUGUGGUGGAUGGUCAGAGCUACCUGCUGCUCAUCAGAGAUGAAGGGGGCCCCCCGGAGACACAGUUUGCCUUGUGGGUGGAUGCUGUCAUCUUUGUCUUCAGCCUGGAGGAUGAGAUCAGCUUCCAGACGGUUUAUCACUACUACAGCCGGAUGGCCAACUAUCGCAACACUGCCGACAUCCCCAUGGUGCUGGUUGGAACCCAGGACGCUAUCAGCUCGGCGAACCCUCGAGUCAUUGACGACGCCAGGGCGAGGAAGCUGUCCAACGACCUGAAGAGAUGCACGUACUAUGAGACCUGCGCCACCUACGGGCUCAACGUGGAGAGGGUCUUCCAGGACGUUGCCCAGAAGAUUGUAGCGACUCGGAAGAAGCAGCAGCUGUCUAUCGGACCCUGCAAGUCUCUUCCCAACUCCCCCAGCCACUCCUCCGUGUGCUCGGUCCCCAUCUCCACAACGCACAUCAGCCAGACGAGCAAUGGCGGAGGCAGCCUGAGCGAUUACUCCUCCUCCGUCCCCUCCACCCCCAGCACCAGCCAGAAGGAGCUGCGGAUCGACGUCCCACAGAGCGCCAACACACCCACGCCGGUGCGCAAGCAGUCCAAGCGCCGCUCCAACCUCUUCACCUCUCGGAAAGGAAGCGAUCCAGACAAGGAGAAGAAAGGACUGGAGGGCCGGGCAGACAGCAUUGGAAGCGGCCGUGCGAUCCCAAUUAAACAGGGUAUGCUCCUGAAGAGAAGCGGCAAGUCUCUGAAUAAAGAGUGGAAGAAGAAGUAUGUAACCCUGUGCGACAACGGCCUGCUCACCUACCACCCCAGCCUUCAUGACUACAUGCAGAAUGUCCAUGGCAAGGAGAUCGACCUGCUGCGCACCACCGUGAAGGUGCCAGGGAAGAGGCCUCCCCGUGCCAUCUCUGCCUGUGCCCCCCUCUCCAGCCCCAAAACCAACGGGCUGACCAAGGACAUGAGCAGCCUGCAGCUCUCCCAGGCACCAGGCACAGUGACGACCAGCACAUCUGCAUCUCAGAUGGCCAGUGGGAUCAACCUAGUUGCCUUCAACAGCCGACCGGACGGGAUGCACCAGCGGUCCUACUCUGUGUCCAGCGCUGACCAAUGGAGCGAGGCCACAGUGAUUGCAAACUCUGGCAUCAGCAGCGACACAGGCCUGGGUGAUUCAGUGUGCUCCAGUCCCAGCAUGUCCAGUACCACCAGUCCCAAACUGGACCCCCCUGCCUCGCCGCAUGCCAACAGGAAGAAGCAUCGCCGGAAGAAGAGCACCAGCAACUUCAAAGCGGACGGCAUCUCCGGCGCUGCCGAAGAACAAGAGGAGAACUUUGAGUUCAUCAUUGUGUCGCUAACGGGGCAGACGUGGCACUUCGAGGCCACCACCUAUGAGGAGCGGGACGCCUGGGUGCAGGCCAUCGAGAGCCAGAUCCUGGCCAGCCUGCAGUCCUGCGAGAGCAGCAAGAACAAGUCUCGCCUGACGAGCCAGACAGAGGCCAUCGCCCUGCAGUCGAUCAGGAACCUGCGUGGAAACGCUCACUGCGUGGACUGUGAAGCACAGAACCCGGACUGGGCCAGUCUGAACCUGGGAGCGCUGAUCUGUAUUGAAUGCUCGGGAAUUCACCGCAAUCUCGGCACGCACCUGUCACGGGUUCGAUCCCUGGACCUAGACGAGUGGCCGCUGGAGCUCAUCAAGGUCAUGUCGUCUAUUGGCAACGAGCUGGCUAAUAGCGUGUGGGAGGGGAGCGCACAGGGGCGCAUGAAACCCGCACCAGAUUCCACCAGGGAGGAGAGGGAGCGGUGGAUCCGGGCCAAGUACGAGCAGAAGCUGUUCCUGGCGACCCUGCCUCUCACAGACCUGCCCCUGGGGCAGCACCUGUUGAGGUCCACCGCAGAGGAGGACCUGCGCAUGGUGGUGCUGCUGCUGGCACACGGGGGGCGAGACGAGGUCAACGAGACCUGCGGGGAGGGAGACAGGCGCACAGCUCUGCACCUCGCCUGCCGUAAGGGCAACGUCGUCAUCACACAGCUGCUGAUAUGGUACGGGGUGGACGUGAUGGCCCGGGACGCCCAUGGGAACACAGCGCUUGCCUACGCGCGGCAGGCCAUGAGCCAGGAGUGCAUCGACACCCUGCUGCAGUACGGCUGCCCUGACGAGCGCUUCGCCCUCAUGGCCACACCCAAUCUGUCCCGCAAGAACAACAACGGCAGCAGCGGCGGCAGCGGCAGCAGCAUCGUCGGAGCCGGAAGGAUGCCGACCAUCAUCUGAUGCUACUGCACCCUGGUGGCGACCCCCGGCACUGCUGCUUCUGCUUUGAUUUUGAACACAGUCCUCUCCAUUUUGUGGGGAUUCCAGCCUGAAUCUGUGUUAAAAAAAUACAUAAAUCUAUAAAUAAAUCUACCUGGACUGGUCUGUAAAUAAAUCUACCUGGACUGGUCUGGAGGUUGAGGGAAAAAACACUUCCCAAUAAAAUUAGAGAGCAACUUGUUUGCUUCGUAGACUGUGGAUUAUUAAUAGAUUUUCAACCUUUCUGUACUGAUAAAAGCAUCAUGCACACACCUCUCCUGUGCCGUAUAGGUAUCAUUUAGUGGAAACCCGGAGGCCAUCGCCUUUGCUCUAGAACUCUGGAAGAGAAGCAUUUUCACAUCGUUUGCACUCCCGCACCAGUGGAGCUGAGAGCUGGGUCUUGGCUUGUCCCCAUAGGAAAGCCUGACAGGCUGAAUCAGAGGCCCGGGCAGGAGUUUGUCAGGUUGUGAAGCUCUUAUGAUGGUUUGUGUCAAACCAGUCAAAGCUAAUCUGCCCGCUGGGACCAUUAGCUUCAUUGCACUCGUACAUCCAAGUCCCUCCUCUCUCUCUCUCUCCAGAAAGUGUUGCUCUUUCAUAGUUCUCUGUAAAUAAUGAAUCGAGGGGAAUUUAAGAGCAUUAGCCGGGCGGCAGCUACGCGGACACUUCAUCACUCAGAAGAAUGAGGAGUGUGUUUGUAUACCUUUAAUUCAGCCUGGGACCACGAAUACACCCUUCUACACUCCACCAUGACCAGCCUUCUCUUCAUAGCGUUCAGAACAAAAGAGACAAGAGAAGGGAUUUUAGUUGGGAAUAUGUACAUAUGUGAAGAAAAAAUUAUCAGAGGAAAAACUGUAACAUUAAAAUAAUAAUAAUAAUAAUAAUAAUAAUAAUAAUAAAUGUUCAAGCGUAUGACUCUGCGGUAGCAUUUUAAACAACUUACUUUUGAAAAGCAGUAGGUGACUUGUUUUUUCUGGAGAAUUGCUACUGGUCAGUUCAGAGCUGUGGUUCUUCUCUUCUAGAAUUCAAAAGCAUUGUGGUUUUGUUUAGUUUUUUUUGUUUUGGAUAUUUUUAGCUAAGAAACUUGACACUUGUUUUCACUGUUGUGAUUCUUUGACUAAAUUAUGCUUUUUUUUCUUUGGUAUUCUCUGUUUAAAUGAUGCAAAUGUGAAGAUAUUUUGGUAUUAAAAAAAAAUUAUAUAUAUAUAUAUAUAUAUAUAUAUAUAUAUAUAUAUAUAUAUAUAUAUAUAUAUAUAUAUAUUGCAAACCCAAAUAUCGAUGUAUUUCUGUGUAGAAGUGUGGAAGCAUGUCUUUAUUGUUUUUAUUGUUUUGUGUUUUUAAAUCAAUGAAAAGUUAGUGCACUGUGACAGAAUGCAGUACAUUUCGUCUCACAGUGUUGGACCAGUAUAUACUUGGGAACUCUGCAAGAGCCAGUAAAUACCAUGACGUUAACGAUGACACUGUGUCAGUGAACUUUAUUAUUCCAGGGUUUAGGUUCCAGGGACUGUUCAUUCAUUAUCCAGCCAUUUGAUAUUCUCUGAUCUGUACGCUUCUGUUACCUGUGUGUUUUGAGUCUGGGGAAUUCAUGUAUUCACAAUUUAAUGUAUCAGUACUACAUUAUAUUUUGAAAGCGGAAUAACUAUUAUCUUUAUUAUUUGUUAUAAUGAAUAACAGAUCAUUUCAUUUCUUUUUUUAUCCCACAAGAAUGUCACUCGCACUCACCACUCCUUUGCUUGUCUGAACAUUUUAUACUAGAAAACCAACAAUGAAAUGCAGUAAAGAGAGUGUCCCCUCCCACUACUUCACUUCCAGAAAUCCACUCAAAGGCUUACUUUAUUAACAGAGGUUCUAUCAUAUUGUUUUGAUUGUUAUUUCAAUGUUUGGAAUAAGAAUGUUAUGACUAAUUAUGGAAACAUUUAUGUUAGUUUAGGUUCUCACCAGACUCAUGUUUCCCCAGUGGCUGGGUACCCAUGUCUCUAUUUCCUGCUCCUAUACGUGCUCUUUUGCCUGCUGUGGUUUUCUUUCCCCAGACUUUUUAAAACCCUAACUCUCACAUCACUUUUGACCAACGAUUAACUCAAAAGGGCUUCUUUGGUUGUAGAAUCCUCAUUUGUAAAUAUAUUUCUUUUUUGUAAA